AUGGCUUCUAGCAACAAGAAAAUGAGCGGAACAAUCGAGCAAAGCGCCACCGGCCCGCGCCAGACAGUCACCCACCUGUGGGUCAGCAACGUUGACGGUCCCGUGCUUGUUCGGGACGCCGUGCCCUUCUUCUUUCGGGGCCAUUACCUGUAUGACGCCCAGGGACGCCCAGUGGAACCGGUGACUUUCCGCAAUCCGAACAACCUCACGUUCCGUCUGGCACGCAACGCGCAGAACAUUCCCCCCUUCAACAGACAGAACGGUCCAAACAAUGCUGGUCCCGCCAAUGCCCCUCCAGCCAACGCUUUUGCGCCUACAAACACAACAUUCGACCAGGCCGUGCUGCUCAACCGACCCGCUUCGAACCCUUCCACCGCUCCAACGCCCAGUUUGACCUACAGCGACUCCACCAUCUCCACCCAGCCUCGCCGUGGCGCACCCCCCUCGCAGGGCUCGGCUGUGGCCUCGGACGUGGCCGCUGUGGAGAACAAUCUCCCAAUGAGCCCAACUCUAGCGACCGCUUUCGGCGGAGAUGAGACUCUUUUCGACGACACGCCGGCCAUGCAGGCCGAGGAUGGAGACUUCGUGGUCGACUGGCCCCAGAUAUACGACCAAGAGAACCAGAUCUCGCAGGCUGACCUGAACGCCGAGCUUGCUCUUCGUACCCGCGGUGAGGAGGACGCGGAGGCCUGGGUGGAGGCGCUAAUCGUGGAGGCCGAAGGGGACGCGGAGGCCAGGGCCUUGCGCAGUAAGAAGCAAGAGAAGGGAGUCCCACCUGCCCUCCGGGGAAACUCGGGGAACAUAGGCGGGAGCGUUGGCUGAUUUGCGGUGUGUUUUUGCUUGUGAUUUCUUGCGGUCCGAUUUGAGCGUGGAGUUAGAAGGAUUUUGCCUGAGGGCCUACAAUUGGAGCGUCGAAUAGAGUGGCUGCAUUCUCUCGUGACCUCUUAGAGGACCUCGAGACCUUUUAGAUUCUUCAGAACUAUACCCGGCUGGAUCAGCU